CUUUUUUCAUUAUUCAACAAUUCGAAUCCAAAUUUGGUGUGUUUUGGUUAGCUAAUAACUUCCUACUAAACUAAACUAACACAAUCCAUUAAUCAUGUUUAGUAACAACAAAACGGUCCAACCUUCCAUUAAACCAAAAUAUAUUUUCAUAUUUAUAGCAUAGCUUUUCCCUCCACGCAACUUCAACCAAUAUCCAAAGAUAACAAAAAAAAACAUCUCUUCACUUCACAUCACAUCAGACGACCAUGUAUCAUAAUCAUCAUCCAUGCUAUCGCAAACCCAUCACAACCAUCUUCUCCUUCUUCCUUCUCUGUAUCAAUCUCAAUCUCCACAACCUACAAAUCAUCGAAGCUCGAAACCCAUCUCAGUUUACGACCAACCCAUCCACUGAUGACGUUUCUAUACCGGAGAUCAAACGCCACCUUCAGCAGUACGGCUACCUCCCUCAAAACAACGAUUCCGAUGACGUCUCGUUCGGGGAAGCUCUCGCUCGUUACCAGAAAAAUCUCGGCCUACCGAUUACUGGGAAACCAGAUUCCGACACGUUGUCACAUAUUCUAUUACCAAGAUGUGGAUUCCCUGAUGACGUGGAAGUGGAAUCCAAAACGCCGCCGUUUCGCACAAGAAAAAAAUACGUGUACUUCCCAGGACGACCCAGGUGGUCAAAAGACCUCCCACUGAAUCUCACGUACGCCUUCUCGCAGGAGAACCUAACCCCUUACUUAACACCAUCAGAGAUACGGCGCGUGUUCGGACUCGCUUUCGCCAAGUGGGCUUCGGUGAUCCCCGUAAGCUUCAUCGAAACUGAGGAUUACGUCGACGCCGACAUCAAAAUCGGGUUCUUCGCCGGUGAUCACGGCGACGGAGAGCCGUUCGACGGCGUUUUAGGUGUUUUAGCACACACUUUCUCGCCGGAGAACGGUAGGCUUCAUCUGGAUAAAGCAGAGACGUGGGCGGUUGAUUUCCAUGAGGAGAAAUCGACGGUGGCCGUGGAUUUGGAAUCUGUGGCGGUUCACGAGAUCGGCCACGUGCUUGGACUAGGACACAGCUCGGUGAAAGACGCGGCUAUGUACCCAACCUUGAAGCCAAGGAGUAAGAAAGUGAAUCUGAAUAUGGACGACGUCGUUGGAGUACAGUCUCUGUACGGAACAAACCCUAAUUUCACGAUAAGUAGUUUACUUGCGUCAGAAACUUCGACCAACCUAGCCGAUGGUUCGAUGAUCCGGGGGUCUGAAGGAGGAAUCUUCUAUUCAACUUUGACAACUGUUAUGGCUCUCUCUUUUCUUAUUUGGUAGGUUCGUAGACUAGCUAAAGUUUCUUUAUUAAAAAGAAAUAUCGAUUAUAGGAUUAGUUCAAACAAAUCUGAAAUCAUAUUCAUAGGAGAAUGUUUAAUUGUUUAUGUUUAGGUUUGGUACAAAAUGUUUUAUGUUAUUCCAACAAAAAGAAGAAAGAAAAAAUAA